AUGGGAAAUGCGUCCAAUGCCUCGGUGUUCAUCUCCACCUUAUCGGAGAGAGAAGACCUGAUUUUUGGCACACUCUAUUUAGUCUUUGGCAUCGUGUCCCUCUCUGGGAACUCGCUGCUCCUGCUGGUGGCCUAUCAGAAGAGGUCCAUGCUGAAGCCUGCCGAGUUCUUCAUCGUCAACUUGGCCAUCAGUGGCCUGAGCAUGACAGUGACGCUCUGCCCCUUGGCCACCUCCUCCUGCUUUGCACACAGGUGGCUCUUCAACCAGGCGGUGUGCACCCUCUACGCCUUCUGCGGGGUCUUGUUCGGGCUGUGCAGCCUCACCAGCCUGACGGUGCUCAGCACGGUUUGCUGCCUGAAGGUCUGUUACCCAGCAUAUGGCAACAAGUUCUCUCCCUGCCACGCCGGAGUGCUGCUGCUGUGCGUCUGGGCGUACGCCCUGAUGUUUGCCACGGCCCCCCUGGCUGAGUGGGGCAGCUACGGCCCCGAGCCCUAUGGGACAGCCUGCUGCAUCACGUGGAACGCCUCGAGCAGGGAGGCCACGCUCUACAUCCUCGCCCUCUUCAUCUUCUGCUACCUUCUCCCCUGCCUCCUCAUCCUCGUCUCCUACUCGCUGAUCCUCUGGACGGUGCGGGUGUCUCAGAGAGCCGUCAGGCAGCACACAUCCCCCCAGCGCAGAGCUCGCAGCGUGCACAGCCUGGUCGUGAAGCUGAGCAUUGCUGUGUGCCUGGGGUUUCUGGCUGCCUGGACCCCUUAUGCCAUCGUUGCCCUGUGGGCAGUCCUCGGUGAUGCCAGCCAGGUGCCAGCGCUGGCCUUUGUGCUGUCGGCCGUCUUUGCCAAGUCAUCGACGCUCUACAACCCCCUGGUGUACCUGCUCUUCAAGCCCAACUUCCAGAAGUUCCUCUCCAAAGACAUGGUGCUCCUCCAGGCCAUCCGCACCCUCUUCUGCUGCGGCUGCCCAAGUGCCACACUCCAGCCCUUCCCGUCCCCAGGCUUCGGUGACCACCCUGGGGCUUGCAGAAACUGCAAUGACACUUUUGAGUGUUUCAGUAACUACCCCAAGUGCUACAAACUCCCCCAGGAGCCCGGCAGCUCUCCCCGGCACGCUCCCCUGGCUAUCCUGGCCGAUGGAGCCGCUUGCCAGCCAGGGCUGAAGAGGACGGUGCAGGUGAUGGUGCUUGUCACACGGAAGAGGUCAGGCCUGGGCGCUGCAAAUGUAGUGGGAGAAGCCCUGCCCUCGGAUAUCAUGAAAGACCUUCUCUGA